CGACAUAUUCACAUGAGUACACCCGUAUCGCGGUGAUUUUCCUGCUCAAGCUGUUAGUGCUUCCGAACGGUUCGCGGCAAUUAGACGCACGACGAUGAUUAUUUCAUUGUCGUUCCGAUCGCUGAUUAUCGGAGUAAUCGCGCCGCUGAUUUUAGUGGCCGAUCUUCAUAAGACGGAAGCGCGGGUGUUGACGAGAUGUGAGGCCGCGAUAGCGUUGCAAACAGCCGGUAUUUCGAGAACGUGGAUCAGCAACUGGGUUUGUUUGAUGGAAAACACCAGCCGGUUGGAUACAGGACUCGUUAAGGGACCCCUUACACAAUCCAGCUACAGUUACGGCAUCUUCCAAAUCAACAGCAGAGAGUGGUGCGCGAGGGGGCGGAAAGGAGGAGUGUGCAAUGUUCGGUGCGAGGAUCUUGCGGAUGAUAAUCUUCAGGACGAUAUCCGGUGCGCCCAAAUCAUCUUCAACUCGAGAGGAUUCGGGGGUUGGGAUGGCUGGACUAGAUCUUGCAUGAACAAACCAUUGCCAAACGUCUCUCAGUGCCGGAGACGCUAGUUUUAUGGUUCGUCAUCGCAAUUUUUUCACUAUACUUAUGUAUACAUAGCUCAGAGGCGAACGAUCAUCGCGAGCAGAUGAGAAUGGAAUUUUCCUUUCGCCGAUCGCUCGACUCCUCAUAUUUUAACUGCGAUUAGUGAGCAAGGUCAGAAUUCAGAGAUUCGCCAGUGAUGUGAAAAUAGAUGCCGCAACGCUACACUAUAACUUCCUACUUAUGACAACUCUUGGACUAACUAAUCCCGGAAAUGAAAUUACCGCUGACGGAUGGUAGAGCUGAUUGAAAGCAGCCGGUGUAGCAGAGACGGUGCAUUCAUGGAUUCGCUAACCAUAUCUUCCGGGAUGUAAUAUUUCACGAUAUAUCGGGUUGAUUCUACAGAAAACUGGAACGGAGAAUUUUUAAAUCGAGAUGAAUUUCUGCGAUCUUUCAUCGGCGAUAAAACUGUUAUUUUCAACUUGUGCGCCACCAUGUGUUGUUCGAUGUAAAAUUGAAGAGAAUUGAAGUAAACAUCCGAUAUCCCGUACUCGGAGUCGUCAUUCGAAUUCAACGCUAAUGUAAACACUUCCGCAUGCAAGCGUGAGUGUAAACAUCGAUGCGGUUCGGUGUUAUUGGUAACUAGAGAGUCGUGAAAAUUUAAGGAUACUGAUACAGUCGAUGUUCAACUACGUUAUCUCUUCGGUUUUUGUCUUUUUAAUAGCCGAAUGUUUUUUUAAGAAGAAAGUUAUUGUGUAUGACUGUACGGGUACGCAUAAUUCUGCAUAUUUUAUUCGAAUUACAGCACAUGAAUAUUCGAAUAACAAGCGUUGCUAUUAACGUAAUCGGAAAUUGAGCCUUGAUAGAAAGUUUACAUGAUUCUAUAUUAGGUACGUACAUUUACCGAUCAUAAAAAAAAAAAAAAAAUCGUGGUUCCGCAACGUUGCGAAGAGAUAAAAAAUCUUGAAAUUGAAUCUCUGUUAAUUUUUCUGAAUCAUUUGAUCUGGUUUGUGUAAUUAUUAAUCCAGCAUUCUAGAACGCAUAUAAAUACAUGUAUUUCUUAUAUGUUACAACUGUGUUCAUCCGUCGAUGGUUAUAAUAUAGAUCGCGUUCGGAUGUGUAUUAAAACUUGUUUUUCUGGCCUCAUGUUUGUCACCGGCUGUUAUAAUGAUAAUCAACGGCAAACAUGUGUUCGUUAUACUUAUGAUAAGACGGCAUGAAAUAUUUCUGCUAAUUAAACGGGGUGGUGUGGUUUCAAAAUUUGCUUUUUAUAAGCACGCAACACUGCGAGUGUUUUAGGCGAGGCACGAUAUAUCACAUUUAUUUCAUUUUACAAUUAUUUGUUCUAUCUUUGAUCAAUAACAAUUAUUUCAUGUGUGUAAAAUAUACAAUUAUAUAGACCUUA